AUGUCAAAUUAAGAGAUCAAUGAGCUUCCCCCUCUCAAGGUCAAUGUGCCAUCGUUCCUUUUAAAAACAUACGAGAUACUAGAAAAUUCAACACUAUCGCACAUUAUUGGGUGGAAUCAAGAAGGAAAUGCAUUCAUCGUUUUCAACACGAAUGAAUUGGCAUCCAAAGUACUUGCCAAUUACUUCAAACACAAAAACUACCCAAGUUUUCUGAGGUUAUAGUUGAACAUGUACAAUUUUAAGAAGACAAAAAACUAAUAUGGGUAGAGUGAAUUCAGACACAAAUGGUUUAGAAGAGGCCUCAAAAGUAUGCUCCAAUACAUUCGUAGAAGAAACUAAGAGGAGUCAGAACAAAAAAUAGAAACCAAAGACAAUAACUAGGAACUAGAAAACUACAAAAGAGAACACGAGGAGAUGAGACAAAUAGUGAGAGACAUUUAAAAUUCAUAAACUAAAAUGCAAGCUGACUUUACAGCUUCAGCUGAAUCUAAUGCCACAGUUAGCCGUUCAAAUCACUCCAUUUCAUAAGUAUUGAGAUCAUCCCUAAAAAAGUGUAUAAAUUAAAUGCAACAACAGUUCAAUAAAAAAUUUGAUACGAUUUCCAUUCUUCUAGCAAAAAUUGUGUCCAAUCUCCCUCAAAUUUGUAUACAAUUCAUUGAUCUAACAAUAUAGCACUUUAGAUAGGAGAUAUUCUCAAAAAUUCAUACGAAGAGCACUCUCCUGGCAGAUCUGAAUCCAAUUACAUUGUACCAUAUAACGAAAACAACCAAUAUAAUUCAAUCGGAUCGCCCUAUUCACAUUAUCAGUAUAACAGUCCAAUCCACUAUCUUUUUUCAAGGCAGAAUUAAUGUAAAAACACUAAAUAUGCAAUAAGAGUUCUCAGAAUUUUGUUUCUAGUUUGAUCCAAAUGUUUUUACAUACAACCGUCAACAGUAGCAAUAGCAAUUAGCAUUGCCUGCUCCCAAUAUCAAUUCAUAUUUACCCAGCAAUAACUACUCUUUGUAAUCAAGUUUGUAGAACUCCCCAUAUAGAAUAGCCAGUCCAUCUCAUACAUCCACAACCGAUUCUAAAGAUCCCGAUAAAGUAAUUUCUUAAUUUACCUUAAAUAGUUCAGUCUCUAUUAGCCAGCAUGAAAAAGGUUAUUGUGCUUAUGAAUAUUUAAUUAUUUAAUAAACUAAAUCAAUAACCUUUUGUACUAAAAAGCGAUUCUAAAUUUAAGAUUAUUCUUAAAAUAAUCGCAUCACAUUACUAAUUAUUCGAUGCCUUCGGUAUCCCUUUAAUCCAAAUACUCAAAUAGAGUCUUCAAAAAUCUUCAAUCUACUAAAAUUAAAUGAGUUUCUAAUUUUAGAAUAUAAUAUUAUUUGGAUUACUAAAUUCAGAAUCUUACAUGUCUUAUAUCUUGAGGAAUCAGUAUAUAUCACAUUAGUGAUUAUAUUAUUCACUUCUAAAAUUAAAUUAAAAAUGAAUCAAAUUUCCCACAACAUCCUGGUUCAAAAAUUAAUCGAUUAUAAGCUAAGAAAAAACAAAAACAAGAGAAAGUCGAGUCCUUAGUUUUCACCUCCCAAGAUGCCGAUUUCUCAGAGAUAGACAUCUUUUUCCAAUGGUCAUGCCUAUUCCGUUCAUUAAAAAUUGAAAUCAAUUCAAAGCUAUACCACAGUCCCUGAUUUGCUCGAUCUCUUAAGCCAAAUGUUCCAAAUCAUAUAAUCAUAUGAACAAUAGGCAAGCCAUCUCUGGUCCAAAAAUCUUGAGAUGUUAAAGCAGAUCAAGAUUCCUAUCCUCCAAGAAAACGAAGAUUUGAAACAGACUGUGGAAACCUUAAAAUAUAAUGAUAUUCAAAAUAGUGUGUAUGGAUAAUUGAAGGAGUACGAUUAAGUCUAAAAGCCAAAGCCUAAGCUCAUUGAUUUAAAACACAUCAAUAGAGAUUCAAAUUUUCAAGAGGAAUUCUUGUCCAAAGUAAAUGAAUUCAGUCUCUCCUGGCGACAAGAAGUACAAUAGCUUAAAUAAAUAUGA